AUGCCACCAAAGAAGAGCAAGGUUGUGGCCAAGAAGCCGGCUGGCAAGCCAAAGGUAAUGUGGGUGAUGUUUUUGAAACUAUUUUGCAUUUCUCUGUAAUCGAAUGUUUUUAUAACACUUGCUGAGUCCUUCUUUGUAAUUUUGACAACUUAAAUGUUUUAGGCAACUAGAGCACGUAAACUUGCAGCCAGCUCCAAAGGUCGGAAGCAAAGUUCUAGAAGCUCCUCUUCUUCGUCGACUUCAUCCUCGUCGUUGUCGCCGAACACUCGUGCUAACACCAAAGCCAAUUCCUUGACCAAACCGACUCCAAAUGACUUGAACCUAUCCAGUGAUUCGUCUUCCGAUGAAGAGCCACGCAGAAGCCGCGACCGUGAAUCCAACAAGGGGCGGAUGGGAUCUGCAUCUUCGGCAAGUGUUAGAACAGCCAUGUCCAAGUCGAGUGCCGGCCGUACUUCGGAUGUCUUCAAAAGCCCAUCAAGGUCCAGAUCUUCUUCAUCUUCUGACACCAAGAGCAAAGGAUCUUCAUCAUCGAGCAGAAGUUCCAGUGCUUCCAGUCAAUCGAGUGCAAGUUCUAGUAGUUCAAGCAGCAGUUCCAAUGCCGGUAAACGUUCGAACGGUUCUCGCGGCCGCAAAACCAAGAAAGCAGCAAAGCCAGCCAAACGACCAGUCGGAAAACGGAGAGCUCCUUCGGCCAAAGUGCAACGAUCCAGAUACAGCAGUGCCGCUUCUCGCAGGUCGGCGACAGAAACGCCCGUUCAGCCCAAUGUUCAGUAUCACACCUUCAAUCACAGCAACAAUCUACCACCCGCUUUCUGGCAAGGGAUGCAACAGAUGAUGUCUCCACACAUUGGUAGUCAAUUUGGUGGUACGUCACCGUUGAACGUCAGCAGGAAAACGGUAAGUUUGUGAUACAUCGUCAAAGUUUUAAUAGUUUCAAACCUUUGGAGUACAUAAUUGUAUGAUUUUUCAUUUCAGAUGACUCCGAAGCCAUCGUACAACAGCAGAACCAAACGGGCCAAGCUGGUGCUACAGAUCCCGCGUAUUCGGCAUCAAAUGAAGCGGGAACGGCCGGGCAAGCGUAUUGGGCACAGAACGGCGGUGGCGGUGGGAGCGAUCACCGAAUACAUUCUUCAAGAGCUUUUGGAGAUGUCGGCCGACGCUGCUGGGAUGCUGAAGAAAAAGCGUAUCUCUCCCAAAUGCCUCAACAUGGCCAUUAAAACAGACGAGGAGCUGGCGUACCUGUUCAAAAACGACAUUAUCGCUGGUGGCGGAUACGUCAAGACUUUUUACUGA